GAACAGAAGUGUUCAUAACCUCAUCAGUUAUCAAUCAACCUUUAAUUAAAGAAAAGGUUAAACACAUAGAUAAGAGAAACAUGAAGAUAAAAAAGAGUUUUGUUUUGUUGGCUCUUUUAUUUGCUAUCAGUAUCGUUAUAUCCUCCGCAAGAUCAAUUGAGACUGCUGAUGACAACUUGGGAAGGGAAGCACUUGGUGAAAAAAAGAAACGCUUGAGUGAUGAGGUUGGUGUAGUAGGAACCACUAGUCUUGAAGUAGACAAUGGUGCUAUUGCGGGCAGCGGAGGAGGUAGUGGUGGAGGAAGCGUAGGAGGUGGUGGCAGUAGUGGAGGAGGCGGUAGCCAUGGGGGUGGUGGCAGUGGUGGAGGUGGCGGCAGCCAUGGGGGUGGUGGUAGUAGUGGAGGUGGCGGCAGCCAUGGAGGUGGUGGCAGUAGUGGAGGAGGCGGCAGCCAUGGAGGUGGUGGCAGUGGUGGAGGUAAGGGAGGUAGCGGUGGAGGUAGCCAUGGGGGUGGUGGCAGCAGUGGAGGAGGCGGUAGCCACGGAGGUGGUGGCAGUAGUGGAGGCGGCAGCCACGGAGGUGGUGGCAGUAGUGGAGGCAAGGGAGGUAGCGGAGGUGGUGGCGGUAGUGGAGGAAGUGGAGGUAGCGGCAGUAGUGGUGGUGGAGGAAGUGGAGGGGGUAGCAAGGGAGGUGGUGGAGGAAGUGGAGCGGGUAGCGGAGGGGGUAGCAAAGGAGGAGGCGGUGGAAGCGGAGGAAGCAAAGGGGGAGGUGGUGGAAGCGGAGGAAGCAAGGGAGGAGGUGGUGGUAGUGGUGGAAGUGGUAGUGGAGGGGGUAGCAAAGGAGGGGGUGGAAGCGGAGGGGGUAGCAAGGGAGGCAGUGGAGGCAGUGGAGGGGGAGGGGGUAGCAAGGGAGGCAGUGGAGGCAGUGGAGGGGGAGGGGGUAGCAAGGGAGGCAGUGGAGGCAGUGGAGGGGGAGGAAGCAAGGGAGGCGGUGGCGGUGGAGGUGGAGGGAGCAAAGGAGGAGGUGGCAGUGGAGGUGGAGGAGGCAGCGGCGGAGGGGGAGGCAGUGGUGGAGGGAGCAAAGGAGGCAGUGGUGGUGGUGGCAGCGGCAGCGGUCACAAGGGAGGUGGCGGACACGGCGGCAGUGGAGGUGGUGGAGGACACGGCGGCAGUGGUGGUGGUGGUAGUGGAGGAGGAGGUGGACACGGCGGGAGUGGCGGAGGAAGUGGAGGAGGCGGACACGGCGGUGGGAGUGGCGGAGGAUCAGGUGGAGGUCACAAGGGAGGGGGCGGCAGUGGUGGUUCUGGUGGAGGUGCAGGAGGAGUCAGCAUCGGUGCCGAAGAAUGAAUAACAGGAGAAGAUGCCUUCAAUGUUUAAAGGAAGUACGCAUUAUGUAAUUACUGUUGUAGAAAUAACAGUACGUACUAAGUUGGUCGAUAUUAUAAGAUAUAAGAAGCUAAUAUACUACUAUUAAUUACAAAAAACGACUCAUGUGUGUGAUAUGUUAUGUUCGCCAAAGCUUGAGUACACUUGUUAGAACGUUGCUUAUUAAAAUUUCUGUACCUCAAGCCUAAAAGUUGUCAUUCUAUGCAUGUUGAGU